ACUCACCUCAAUUUGUCUGACAACUUUCUUCUCUCUCUGGAUAUCUUAUCUGCAUAGACUUACUUGUGUGGAGGGGAAAAACGGAAAGCCAAAACAGGACACAUUGAAAAGUAGCUCAGUUUUGCUUUAUGAAUAAUCUGCAUUUGCAAGCACUGCAAUGCACACACAAAAGCUCAGAUGGAUUUCACAGAAGUAGCUACUAAGCCACAUGCUGUUUGCAUUCCAGGUCCUGCUCAAAGUCAUAUAAAGGCAGUGCUUAAAUUUGCAAAGCUCCUCCACCACAGUGGUUUUCAUAUAACCUUUGUCAACACAGAGUUCAAUCACAAGCGCUUUCUUAAAUCUCUAGGACCCAACUCCCUUGAUGGCUUGCCUGAUUUUCAAUUUGAAGCCAUCCCGGAUAGCCUUCCGGAUUCAGAUGAAGACGCCACACAAGAUGUCACCUUGCUUUGUGAAUCCAUCAGAAAACAAAAUUUCUUGGUUCCCUUUCUUGCCCUCCUUGCAAAACUCAACAAUGAUGCCAUAUCAACAUCCAGCAAUCCUCCUGUGACUUGCAUAGUUUCAGAUGGUUUCAUGUCCACAUUCACAAUCACAGCUGCUGAAGAAAUCGGAGUCCCUAUAGUACUGUUCUACACUAUAGCUGCCUGCAGCUUCAUGGGAAUUAAACAACUUCGCGCUGUGGUUGAAAAAGGACUUGCUCCACUCAAAGAUGAGAGCUGUUUAACAAAUGGCUAUCUGGAAACGGUAAUAGAUUGGAUCCCAGGAAUGAGAGAUAUCCGUUUGAGGGAUCUCCCGACCUUCUUGCGAACCACAAAUUCAGAUGAUAUCCUUGUGGAGUUUGGGUGGGGACUUGCAAAUAGCAGGCUUCCAUUCUUUUGGGUAAUUAGACCUGAUCUUGUUAUUGGAGAAUCCGCUAUUUUGCCGCCUGAGUUUGUGGCUGAAACAAAGGAAAGAAGUCUAAUAGCUGGGUGGUGCCCACAAGAGCAAGUCCUUAACCACCCCUCAGUUGGAGGAUUUUUAACUCACAGCGGUUGGAAUUCAACGGUUGAGAGCCUUACUGCAGGAGUUCCUAUGCUCUGUUGGCCAUUCUUCGGAGACCAGCAAAUGGACUGUCGCUAUACUUGCAAUGAAUGGGGCAUUGGCAUGGAGAUUAGUAAUGAUGUGAAGAGGGAUGAGGUAGAGAAGCUUGUCAAAGAGUUAAUGGAGGGUGAGAAGGGUAAGAAGAUGAAAAAUAAGGUCAUGGAGUGGAAGAAACUUGCAGAAGAAGCUACUGGUCCACAUGGUUCUUCAUCCACAAACUUAGACAAUUUAGUGAAUCAAGUGCUAUUGAGAAAAAGCUAAAGAUGUUACCAUAAGAAUAUUGAUGUCUUCCAAUGUGACUGCCAAUUGCAGAGAUUAUUAUACUGCCAAUGUUCUUUUUAGUCAUUAUACACAGCUCAUAAUACUUUCACACAAAAAUUUACCAAACACUCAACAACUUAC